CUUCUGAAGCCCCGCCCCCUUCACCUUUAACUGUCCGCAACUGCCCAGCUGGCAGCCUGGACGUUCCAUUGCUUUCAGCACCAGUUCUGGAUCUAGAGAGUUUUCAGCUGCACUUUUAAAAUGGCUUUGCUGCGCUCAAGGAUGGGGGUCAAAGCAGCUCUACCCAAGUAUGAGCUCUACUGUUACUAUGUCGUGCUGUCCAUGGCCAUGCUCUGGGCUGCCAGCUGGAUUUUGGAGGUGUCCAGCUCAAAUGCAAACCGCAAGUCCUUCAAGUCCAAUAUCCAGCCAGGAUGGUACUACUUCAGCAGGAAAAUGGACACGGCUGAUUUGGAGUGGAUGAUGUGGUUCUCCACUUUCCGCGAGCACAUCGUCUUUGCUCUGUCCGGUCAUGUCAUAUUUGCCAAAAUUUGCUCCAUGCUGGCUCCACAGUACCGCUCACUGGUCUACAUGGUAUAUGGUCUACUGGCCGUGCUGACCAGUAUGGGCUGGACAUACGUCACCCUCAUCCUCUCCCACUGCGUGCUGCUCUACAGCAUCUCUCUGGUUAAACUCCGUUGGCUCUGCUUCACUGCUGGACUCACCACACUAGCCACAUUUAAAAUGGAGCCAUUCGUUUCCUGGCAGGCAGGGUUUGUGACCGGCUCCUUCGACCUCCGUCCUGUGCUGUUCUACGGGGGCUGCGGCUUCACCAUCAUGCGCUGCAUGAGCUUCGCUCUGGAGAACUGUGAGAAGAAAGAGGGCAACUACAGCAUCCUGGAGCUUCUCAAGUACAACUUCUACCUCCCUUUCUUCUACUUCGGACCCGUCAUGACUUUUGAUAAAUUCUACAAACAGGCCAAUAAUCCUGACCUGAACAGGAAAGAGAGAGAGAUGUGGAACAUUUUCAUCCAGGCCUUGUUGCACCUGGGGGUGAUCAUUAUUGUGGCUGUGAUCUUUCACUUCAUGUACAUUCUGACCAUUCCCAGUGACCUGAAGCUGCUGAAACACCUCUCAGACUGGGCUAUUGCUGGUUUGGCCUAUUUGAAUCUGGUGUACGACUGGGUAAAAGCAGCCGUGCUGUUUGGGGUGAUAAACACAAUUUCUCGUCUGGACCACCUGGAUCCCCCUAAACCUCCAAAAUGCAUCACAAUGCUUUAUGUCUUCUCUGAGACACAUUUUGACAGAGGAAUCAAUGACUGGCUCUGCAAGUACGUGUAUAACUACCUUGGUGGGAAACAUGAGCAUGUAUUGGACGAGCUGAUUGCCUCUCUUUGCACUUUCGGAAUCACUGCCCUGUGGCUGGGACCUGGCUGGGUGGUUCUUAUAUGGGCCUUCCUGAACUGUUUUGGGCUGAACUUUGAGCUGUGGACAGCCAAGUUUUUCAAGAUGGAGCCUUUUGUUUCAAUUGAGAUGGCGAUGUCUGAAUCUAUGUCCCGUAGGAUUAGAGCUGUGUUCAACACCUUCAACUUCUGGUGUAUUGUCCUCUACAACAUCCUGGCCCUCAACAGUCUUGACUUUGCUAAACUUGUCGCCAAAAGACUGCUGCUGAAAGGUUUCCCUCUGUCCACUAUUACUGUGAUGUUUGUGACCUACUGCUUGGUGCAGAUCAUUAAAGAGAGAGAAAGAAGGCAGGCUCUUAUUGAUGACCCGGAUCCAAUCCCCCCUCCUGCCCCCGUCCCACCACCUAGCACCACCACUGCCUCCACCCUGGCUGCCCAAAUGGAUGCCUCAGCCCCUCAGCCUGUGGACCCCAAUAAGGAAAAGGCAGAGUAG